UGACAGGCUGCGUUCGAGCUAGAGGUCGAUCACAUAGCAUGUAUUCUACACCAGCCAUGUCCAUUGACGACGCCGGCGACCACAUUUGCUUUCAACGUCAUGCGGGGGCUCGAUACGCUCGCUCUCCUCGCGGCCACCGCUGCUCUUGCCGCCGCCGAGACGAGCUGCGGCGCCGGAUGGGCGACCCAAUCGAGCACCGGCUUGGCCUGCGGCAUGCAGAUUGCCCUUGUGACGGCCCCGAUCGUCAACGCGGCCGCGGGCACCGAAACCGUAACUUUUACGGUCCACAGUACGUACGGCGACCCCAUCAGCGGCACCGGGUCUGUCGCUGUCUGCUCGUUUGCGACAACGUCGUGCGCGCUCGGCGCCGCGUCGACCUUUGUGCCGGCGACGGCGACCGUCAUUGACGCGACCCACUCCUCGUUCACUGCGACCGUGCCUCUAAAGACGGCAGGCGCCUACUAUCUUGCGCCCAUGUACACCUCGGGGAGCGGCCAAGUGUUUUCCACGGGCGUCAACGCCACGAUCAAGGCAGACGCGACGACGACACCGUCCAAAACAACGGCGCAGACGCCAUCGACAACGACACCGGUGUCGACGACGCCGGGGGCCACCACGCCAUCGGCCUCGACAACCGCGCCGCCGACCGACGCGCCAGCGUCCUCGAGCUCGGGCAUCUCGUCGACGACGAUCCUCAUCAUUGGCAUUGGCAUUUCGCUCGUCUUUCUCAUCUUGCUCGUGGUUGUCUACUUCAAGGUCAAGAAGCGCACGAACGACAUCAACUCGCGCUCGGGCUUGACCGACGCGCCGCCGUCCUCGCAGGGCGGCGAGAUGGAGAUGACGUCGGUUGCGAUUGCAUCCACCGCCAACAAGAUCACGGUCGACCCACUUUCGCGGCGCGCGAUGAUCAACCCGUCGACGUUCUCGAACCGUGCGUCGCUCGAUGCGACAGCGGCGCCGGCCACUGACGACUUUAGCUACCAGCGCUACGCCGGCACGACGCCGACGACCGCGGGCGCCAAGGAGGGAGCCAGUCUUUUCAACCGACCAAGUCUCGCGGUGCAGCAGCGUACACGGGCGCAGCCGCCGCGGACACCGACGACGGGCACACCGACGUCGUUCUUGGCGCCACGACAACUGCCAAGUACAACGACGACGACAACAACCCAUAACCCGUACAAGAACAAUGUGGUGCCACCGGCGCGCCCGACCGGCGCCUACGAGGACGACGAACAAUCGAGCUACAUAUUUUAAUAUCAUGUUGUGCUUUUACCAGACA